AUCAAGCCGGAGCGGAGGGGGCGGCGUCAGGUGGAAGACGAAGUGAAAGUGAAACGGAGUUUUGUCCCUCGUCAGAAACGCCGGCGAGGUCCCGCCAGUUAAACUUCACCUACGAACGCGGCACAGCGUCCAGGAGGUUUUGGGGUUCCGCCGGGAGUCCGCCACCUGCUUUCUGGGGGGAUGCUGAGCGUGUCGCGGCCGUGUUGUGAGCUGCGGUCCGGAGGGUUUUCCUUCGAGAACUCUCGCAGGAAUGCAGUGUUGGAGUCCAAUUUAUCAGAGUUGGGUUACAAGGCUCCUGCAGCCAGGAAAACGGGGACCACCAUCGCUGGUAUUGUCUUCAAGGAUGGGGUGAUCCUGGGAGCUGACACAAGGGCUACAGACGAUAUGGUGGUGGCUAGCAAGAACUGCGAGAAGAUCCACUACAUUGCUCCCAAGAUAUACUGCUGCGGGGCAGGAGUUGCUGCAGAUGCGGCGACCACCGCCCAGAUGAUGUCAUCCAACGUGGAGCUGCACAUGCUCAACACCGGGCGACCUCCCUUGGUUGCCAUGGUCACCAGGCAGCUGAAACAGAUGCUCUUCAGAUAUCAGGGUCACAUGGGCUCAUCUGUGAUCAUCGGAGGGGUGGAUGUGACCGGAGCUCACCUCUACAGCGUCUACCCACAUGGCUCUUAUGACAAACUUCCUUUCCUUACCAUGGGCUCUGGAGCUGCGGCGGCGGUCUCCAUAUUUGAGGACCGGUUCAAGCCAAACAUGGAGGUGGAGGAGGCGAAGCAGCUGGUGCAAGACGCCAUCACAGCAGGGAUCUUUUGUGACCUGGGCUCCGGCAGUAACGUGGACCUCUGUGUCAUCACAGAGAAAGGGGUGCAGUACCUGAGAGGCUAUGACAAGCCUGCAGAGAAGGGCAAAAAAGAGGGACAGUACAAGUACAAGCCUGGUACCACAGCGGUCCUGACCAAAACAGUCACUCCUCUCAACCUGGACAUUGUCGAAGAGAUGGUCCAGAUCAUGGAUACUGAAUGAAGUGCAUUCUCUUGGACAAGUAAAGCACUUGAAAUAUUUUACAGCCAUGUUUUCCUCAGUCUUUUUAGCGACAAUGCAUUUUUCACAGCAAAAAUAUCACAUUGAAAAGAAAAAUCAAUAAAGAACGGAAUGCAAAUAAGUAA